AUGUCUCUCCAAGUGAACGACCCACGGUCGCGAACCCGAUCCAAAUCCCCUGGUCGCGAGCGCUCACGGUCGCGGUCGCGCGACAGCCGAGUCCCCUCCCCCUCGCCUUCGCCCUCCCAUCGCUCCCGCUCCCCAGCCGUCGCGGCCCCAAGAAGCAAAGGCUACAAUCCUGACGAAGAAGCUGAAAUAGAGCGCCAAUACAAGCUGAUCAGCGAGCGACGUCGCGAACCAAACAACGACGAGCCCCGCCCCGUCGUCUCGCGCGCCCCAAGAACCCCCCGCUACGACGUAGACCGCUCAGACUCGGACUCGGAGUCGAGACGUCGCGGCGCAGAAAGCUCAAGACGACGUCGCGAUGAUCGCUAUGAACACUCGGACGAGGAGCGCGGUUCUGCGGCGGCUUCGUCGCGGUCGCAUCGACGUCGACCUUCAUCGCCAGACCGUGGCAGUCGCGUGAAUCAACACGACUCAGACGACUCAGCUGAUGAUCUGGCUUAUGGUGAUGCGCCGGGAAGCCAUCCUAGCUAUGCGCGCCCGAAUCGGUAUAGCUAUGCCCAACCCACGCAGUUCGUCCCCGCUGCCCCGCGACAGCCGGGUUACCCUGCCGGCUCGGUUGACUGGGCCUCUGUGCCGGAAUGCGAACGUCCUGGAUACGUGCCGCCUUCCUCGCAGCCCGCAGGCCCGGCUAGUAUGCCCGGAGCGUUCCCAGUGGCGUCGACAUACCCCGCUAGCUCGGGGGCUGUUCCAGCGCCUGUGAAUCCCGCGCUGCAGUAUACUGGUUUGCCGGGCCAACAGGCUCCGUAUGCGGCGCCGAAUGUUAGUUAUGCGCCUUCGCAUUAUCGGACUGCCUCGGCGAGUGAUACUAAUUAUCCGCCGCCGGCUGCGGGGUAUGCAAACCCAGGCGUGUACCAGUAUGCGCAGGUCGAUCCUAAUGUGAAGUAUUCUUCGAAGACGGUGCCCGUGUCGGGGUCCGGGCCUAAGCCGAUAUUCCCUGCUUCUACGCAUGAUCAGUUUUCUAGACCGAUUCCGCAGACGCAGGGUCAGUAUCAGCCGCAAUCCCAGCAGCAGCCAGACCAGUAUCGGUAUAAACACGAACCUCAGAAACAAGAACCUCAGGUUGUGGAGAUCACACCUGGUGGCAGUCGAUCGAGUGCUCGUCCACACAGUCACUCUGUGUCGUCGUCGAAUACCCUCGCAGUCAGCGGAGCCAGUGCAUCUCAUUCGGCCCACCCUCCGGCUAGCCCACUGCUAGAGCCGUAUCACGGCACUUACCAGUCCAUCUCACCCAUGCCAUCCCCAAUAGUCAUCCCCUCCAUCCGCGACGACGACAUCUCAGACCUCGAACCCCUCGACGGCGGAAACUCAGCCUCAGACUCAAGCCGACGCGGUAAACACACGCGCUCGCACUCAUCGGUCAGCGAGAAAGAAUCCCGCACCCGCAGCAGCAAAGACAAGAAAGACAAAGAGCGCGACGACAAACGGCGUAUCCGCCAACCAGGCCACGGUCGCCACGACUCCAGCUCCUCAAUCCUCAGCACCGACCCCCGAGUCCUCGUAUCCCCAACAACCGGUCGCAAACGCGUCUCCUUCUACGACGCCGGCCCAGACGCUGCCGCCAUGCAAUCUGCCCUAAACCACACACGCAACAUAGACAGCAAACCCAUAAUCCAAAUCCUCCCUCGACUUACCAGCGACGAGAUCCUGCUUCUACGCCAGGAAUACAAAACCCGCGUGCGCAUGCAAGGAAAAGGAAUAAACCUCGCUAAACACCUCCGUCUCAAACUUGGCAGUUCCUCAUUUGGAAAAGUCUGCUACGCAACCGCCCUCGGACGCUGGGAAUCAGAGGCAUAUUGGGCGAACUGCUAUUACCAAGCGGGGACAUCGCGUCGCGAACUACUCAUCGAGUCGCUGAUGGGCAGGUCGAAUGCUGCGAUUCGCGAGAUUAAGAAUUCCUUCCGUGAUACGCGCUACGAUAAUAGUCUCGAGCGGUGUAUGCGUUCUGAGUUAAGGGCUGAUAAAUUCCGCGUUGCAAUUCUGCUUGCGCUUGAGGGACAACGGCAGGAUGAACGUGAGCCGCUCGAUAAACGACUUGUGAGGGAUGAUGUGCAGGAUUUGCAUCGUGCUAUUGUCCGGGAGGGGGGCGAAACCCUAGCACACAUCCUCAACGGCGCAAUCAACAGACCAAUGCGCGACGCCCUCCUCCUCCACCAAGCCCUGCGCGAAUCCCGAACUGGACGUGAACGCUCAGAGCUACUUAUUUCCCGGCUUGUGCGUCUGCAUUGGGAGCCUAGACAUCUUGAUCUUGUUAAGAAUGAGUAUCGACGUAGAUACCAUGAGCGGUUGGAGGAGGCUAUUGCGGAGGAGAUUCUGUCGUUGAAUGGUGGGCAGGAUUGGGGGGAGUUUUGUAUCGAGCUGGCGCGGAAUGCUUGA